AUGCACAGCAGGGCCCGCAGGAGCACCACAAGCACCAGCACCAAGGUAGAGGUGACGGUGAACGCUGUAUACAGCGUCCGUCGAAGUUGGCGUUCGAAUCACAGCAAUGAAGUGUCGCUAUUUUUCGGGCACACCAACAUGCUGCGCAUCGUGGGCGGCACGGCGGCGGCGCCCGGCGCCUGGCCGUGGCAGGUGGCCGUGCUCAACAGGUUCAAGGUGGUGUUCUGCGGCGGCACGCUGCUCUCCGCGCACUGGGUGCUCACGGCCGCGCACUGCCUUCGGCGCCGCCUCUACGUCCGCGUGGGCGAGCACGACCUCUCGCGGCGCGAGGGCGACGAGUACGACGUGAAGGUGGCGCUGCAGGUGCCGCACCCGCGCUACGACGCGGACACCGUGGACAACGACAUCGCGCUGGUGCGGCUGUGGCGCUGGCCCGCGCCCUACCCCGCCGUGCCCGCGUGCCUGCCGCGGCCCCGCCAGGCGCUGCACCCCGGCACGCCCUGCACCAUCCUGGGCUGGGGCAAGCGCCGCCACGGCGCGCUGUCCGGCGCGCACCAGCUGCAGCAGGCCCAGGUCCCCGUGGUGAGCCAGGCGCGGUGCCGGGCGGCCUACCGCCACGUCCCGCUCACGCUCACGAGGAGCAUGGUGUGCGCGGGCGACUGGCGCGACGCGUGCGCGGGGGACAGCGGCGGGCCCCUGCUGUGCCAGGAGCGGCCGUCGACGCCGUCCUCGCGGUGGCAGGUGCACGCCGUCACGUCCUUCGGCGACGGCUGCGGCGCCAGGCACCGCUACGGCAUCUACGCGCGGGUGGCCGGCCACGUGCGCUGGAUCCGCAGCGUGAUGCGCCACGACGGAGCUGGAGCUGGACGGACACGUUGAGGCGGAGCACAGUGGGCCAGAAGACCGAUGGCGGCGGCCAAAACUCUGUACGCGUUUUGAGCUCCAGAGUCGCUAAACAGGACUCGAACCGAACGCGUGACCCCACCAAACCUCCAUGACGUCUCACCAGCAGGCAGCGGGCAGGAGGCUGAAGCGCGAGGAGUAGCCAGGAGCAUGGGGCAUUCCCGUUCCCGGCCGCCGGCUGUCGUUAGUCGCUAGUCGCUUCGUGCUGCCAUCUACCGGGCGACACCGGUACCACGACCACCAGCAAAGCGGAGCCUUCUCCAAAAUCACGGCGAGUUGGCGUUGAUUGACUGUGAAAACCACUGCCAACAUGAGAAAGCCAAUAAAUCAAUCUGUGAAACAUUGUCAAUGGCAUUGAAGGUUGCUUGCAUGCCUAAUCAACACCUGAAGAAAUAUUUUGUUAUGUCUUUUCGAUGUGUGAAGUGCAUUCUUCGAAAUUUUCUUCCUGGUAGAAGCAGUAAAACGUUAUCAAGGUUUGCGAUAAGCAUCGGCACACCCCCUCCCACCCCUUUCAUUUCUCCUGCCCCUCCCGCCCCCACCCCACCCCACCCCACCUCAGCCCGCUCCCCGCUGCACCCCCUGGUGAAAGUGGAUGAGCUGUCUGUCCGAGUCGCAUUUAAUGGUGUUUAACUUGCCACCGCUCUGACUCCACGCCGCAUGAUACAAGUUCUUUCCUCCGCGAGUUUCUUUGGACUUUAAUUGCACCCCAUACGACAGCAAG